AUAGCGAAGGGUACCUCCAGCUUCGGAAAGCGCCACAACAAGACUCACACUCUUUGCCGGCGUUGUGGCCGCCGCUCCUUCCACGUCCAGAAGUCGACUUGUGCCAACUGCGGUUACCCUGCCGCUAAGACUCGCAAGUUCAACUGGAGCGAGAAGGCCAAGCGCAGAAAGACCACCGGCUCCGGCAGAAUGCGUCACCUCAAGGAGGUCCACCGCCGCUUCCACAACGGCUUCCAGAUCGGCACUCCCAAGGGCGCUCGUGGUCCCGAGAACCACUAG